AUGUUUGUAAUUUACUCGUUUACGGAGGCCCCACCCUCGGGUGACGGAGAAAAAAAUCAAACAAAUCAAAUCGUAUUAAAAGGAAGCUCAGCAGAUAAAAUAAAGGUAGCCAUUCAAAACUUUUGCAGCCAACAUCAGAUUCAAUUUGGAUCACCUAAGGACAACAAGAAAAAUUAUUUAAAACUCAAAAUAUUUACAAAAAGAUUAUCGAUGAAUUUAGAAUUCAUUUGUAAAAUAAACUGUCCUUCUGUUUUCACUGAGAAGUAUAAUUUGCAGCGUCAUGUGAGGAACAAAAACUGUGAAGAAAGCAAGGAUGAGUCUGAAACCAUAGAGGCAUUGAAAAUGGAGGUUAUAAUUCUUAAUAAUCGAAUUGCCAUGUUAAAGAAGAAAGCAAAUGAACAGAGUGCAGUUUGUGAAGAAUCAUCUACAACAACUAAAUCAACUGAACCAUGUGAACUAUGCCAUCGCUAA